ACACACUUCACUUCAGAGUUGCUCUAUUUUCCUGCAUUUCUCGAUUAGGGUUAGGUUCUGCGAGGAAGAAGAAGACGAAGGAGAAGAAAAAUUAAGAAGGGAAUAGGAGAAAUGGGGUUCUCAAUGCAGCCAUACGGGAUUCAGGCUAUGCUGAAAGAAGGGCAUAAGCAUCUGUCUGGUCUUGAGGAGGCAGUUCUGAAGAACAUCGAUGCUUGCAAGGAGCUCUCUGCUAUCACACGCACUUCUCUAGGCCCUAACGAGGAUGGGGUCGAAUUACUCACUGUUAAGAGAGCAAAUCCGCCAACAUAAAACCAUGAACUUGUUACUUUCCUCCAUUUGAGCAGUUUUUAUUUGUCUCGUUUUUCUGAUUCUUUUUUCUAUAGAAGGGUUCUGUAAUUUUCCUUGUAAUUUCUUUGAACUCAAGUAUGAAUAAGAUGGUUAUAAAUCAUUUGGACAAGCUGUUUGUCACAAAUGAUGCUGCUACUAUUGUAAAUGAGCUUGAGGUUCAACGCCCUGCUGCCAAGAUAUUGGUUAUGGCAGGCAAGGCUCAACAGGAAGAAAUUGGUGAUGGUGCUAAUUUGACCAUUUCGUUUGCUGGAGAGCUUCUCCAAAGUGCAGAGGAGCUAAGUAGGACUGGCCUGCACCCAAGUGAGAUCAUCAGUGGAUAUACCAAAUCUAUAAACAAGGUUCCUCAAUGCAAUGCCAACGGGAUGGAAUGGAAAGAUCAUUCUCAACCUUUUUGGAUAUAUUAAACUGUUCUAAUACCUAUUUGUAAUAUAUGCAGACUGUUGAGAUUUUAGGUGAGCUAGCAGAGAAAGGUUCAGAAAGUAUGGAUGUCGGGGUUAAGGAGCAAGUUAUCACCAGAAUGAAAGCUGCUGUUGCUAGCAAGCAAUUUGGACGAGAAGAUGUUUUAUGUUCCCUUAUAGCUGAUUGAAUAUUAAUUGACUAUCCUAUUCAUUUUUCCAGUUUGCCCCUAAGAACCCAGCAAGUUUUGAUGCUGAUAAUGUGCGUGUUGCAAAGCUCUUAGGAGGAGGUCUGCAUAACAGCACAAAUGCACAAUAGUUCGGGGUAUGGUUUUGAAAACCGAUGCAGUGGGAAGUAUAAAGCAAAUGGAGAAGGCAAAGGUAGCUGUGUUUGUUAGUGGUGUUGAUGCCUCAGCCACUGAAACAAAAGGAACUGUCUUAAUCCACAGUGCUGAACAGCUAGAGAAUUAUGCAAAAAUUGAGGAAGCUAAGGUUGAGGAGCUCAUCAAAGCAGUGGCUGAUUCUGGUGCCAAAGUUAUUGUUAGUGGUGGAGCAGUUGGUGAAAUGGCAUUGCAUUUCUGUGAGCGUUACAAGUACAUCGACCUUCCUAGUUCUUUUUUUCUGUUCCCUAAUAAUUCUCAACUUUGUUCUUUCUUGUCUUCAUCAGAAUAAGAUGCAAGCUUACUAAAGGACUUUGAUAGUUGAUGGCCAAAAAAAAUGUUUGAUACUCAAUUUUUGAUAUUUGUAAAUGUUUUUGUCUCGAUCCUCCAUAGCAUUGGCUUUUAAUUUUGAAGUUUCUCCUUGAAGCUAAUGGUCUUAACAUCAGCUCAAAGUUUGAACUGCGAUGAUUUUGCCACACAACUGAUGCUGUUGCUCUUUUGAAACUCAGCCAGCCAAAGCCAUAUGACCUGGAAUAUGUUGAUUCAGUUUCGGUUGAGGAAAUUGGUGGAGUUCAGAUCACUAUUUUACGAUGUGAAGAAGGUGGAAAUAGAGUUUCUACUCUGGUUCUUCAAGGAAGUAUUGAUAGUAUAUCAAAUCAUCUUAAGAGAACCAUUGAUGAUGGAGUGAAUAUGUAUAAGAUUGGAUCAGGAUACUAUCGCUAAAUUUGCUGAAAGUUUUGAAAUGAUACCAAGAACCCUGGCAGAGAAUGCUGGGCUGAAUGCUAUGGAUGUCAUAUCAAGCCUGUAUGAAAAAUGCAUUUGGAAAUGCCAAAGUGGGUGUUGACUUGGAGGCCGGUGAGACAGGCAGAGAUGUUUUUAAGGAUGUAUCAGCCAUGAAUAUUUGGGAUCUCCAUGUCACCAAGUUUGGAAAAGAAGGGAAAGGGACCACAUGGUAUGGUCUAACAAAUUGAGCUAGAAUGGUGCACGGUGUAAAACAAAUGAGUGGGUGCUACAGGCACGCUUGCAACGUGUAGGAAAGAGCCAUCCUAGCAUGGGCCCAACGAAUAUUUUGACCAUGCUGGACAUUUACAGUUAAAUAUUAAAUAAUUUAGAUUAGUCAAUAAUUUGAAGAUAUUUGUUUUUAUAUUUUUUUAGAUAUUAUUUAUCCUUAUCCCUCUAUUUAAGGA